CAAUUGGAAAGAACUGCGGUUUUCGGCGUCCCAAGAAUUUUUUUUUCUUGGUCAUAUCGAAGUUCUCCAGGAUAAGACUAUCGCGGCGAUUUGAUUGCCCCUCCUCAUAAACUCCUAACAAUGUGAACUUUGACAACCUUCACAAUUAGCAAAAUAGCAUUUUAUUUCUCUAGUCAAUUCAGUUCUCCUCUCUUUUUUACUCUCCCUUCCUAGGAUCUUCGAAGCUGAGCCCGAGGCAGCUCGAUCCUCGUCGCGAUACCACGGCUUAUACAGCCGUGGGGGCAUUAAUUAAACCCAUAGACAACUUGUUAUCCGCUAUUCCAUUCGAUCAGACACCAUGUUGCCGGUGCGCGCAGCACGAGCUGCAGUCCGAGCUGGCUCCCGCCGAGUCGCUCCUCGAGUAACACGUUUGUCUCCGGCGAUCGCCACAAACUCACUACGAACCUCACGAGCUGCCUACUCUUCGACUUCACGAGCCUACGACUCUACUACUCGUGCCGCUGUUAUUCAGGUUUUGAAUAAUGUCGGUUCGAAGAGAGAGGUUCAGCAAUACCUCUCCCAUUUCUCCUCCGUCUCUUCCCAGCAAUUCGCUGUCAUCAAAGUCGGCGGCGCUAUCUUGACCGAAUACCUCGACGAACUUUGCUCCUCGUUAUCAUUCCUAUACCAUGUUGGACUUUACCCCAUUAUCGUUCACGGUGCUGGCCCACAGCUCAACAAGCUCCUCGAGGAUGCCGGUGUCGAACCGGAGUUCGAAGAGGGAAUCCGUAUUACCGAUGGUAAAACCUUGGGUAUCGCAAGACGACUCUUUCUAGCAGAGAACCUGAAGCUUGUUCAGCGCUUAGAAGAGAUGGGUGUCCGCGCUCGACCUAUUACAUCUAGCGUCUUCACCGCCGACUACCUCAACAAGGACAAGUGGAAGUUCGUCGGCAAGAUCACCGAUGUUAACAAGGAGCCAAUUCAGACCGCUAUCGAGAACGGUUACCUUCCUAUCCUCACUUCUAUGGCCGAAACAAGGGAAGGUCAGGUACUGAACGUCAAUGCCGAUGUCGCUGCUGGAGAGUUGGCUCGCGAAUUCGAACCCCUAAAGGUGGUCUACCUUAGCGAGAAGGGUGGCUUGUUUGACGGAAACGUACAAAAGAUCUCAGCAAUCAACCUUGACGAAGAAUUCGAACAUAUCAUGUCGCAGCCCUGGUGCAAGUUUGGAACCCGAUUAAAGAUUCGGGAGAUCAAAGAUCUUCUGGAGACUCUUCCGCGUUCUUCUAGCGUUGCCAUCAUACAUCCUGGCGAUCUACAAAAGGAACUAUUUACGGAUUCAGGGGCCGGCACUCUCAUUCGCCGCGGAGAUAAAUUAAUGACUGCAGAGAGCGUCGCGGACUUUAGCGAUCUUGGAAAGCUUAAGGACGUGCUUGUGCGGGAUCGUGAGGUCCGAGACGCCAGGGCAACGGUAGACAGAUAUCUUGACUUCUUACAAGGACGGAAGUUCAAGGCUUACUUCGACGAACCCAUGAAGGCUCUGGCCGUCGUCCUCAACCCAGCCCCAGAUCAGACUUACGCGACCUUGGCUACCUUGACAAUCACUAAGUCAGGGUGGUUGACGAACGUUGCUGACAACCUCUUCGCAGCGAUUAAGAAAGAAUACUCUAGCUUGGUUUGGACUGUCAAGGCCGACGAUGAAAACCUCACUUGGUUCUUUGACAAGGCAGACGGCAGCAUUGUCAGGGGCAAUGAUGUCAUGUUUUGGUAUGGAAUUGAGCCUGGCGAGGAGUUGAACAAGCUCAUGAGAGAGUUCACCCUCCAAGGCCGAGCAAUGCUAGGCGAGUCCAACUUGGAGUCUCGACUCCACCGAGCAGCCCAGAUUGCUUCUGAGAACCUACGAGCUCACUUUGCGUCUGGCUCUGCAGCUAACCAGGCGCGGGGCUAUUCGACCCUUGCCCGUCGCCCUGUGUUAGGAGCCACUCCUAAGAGUGCUUUCUCACACAUGCCGCGCAGGGGCUUCGCGACCGAAACUAACCCUAACCCUCCAUAUGGAAAAAAGCACGCCUCGAACACGCAGCCCUCGAGAGUCGCAUUGAUUGGUGCCCGAGGUUACACCGGGCAGAAUUUAAUCAGUCUCAUUAACUCGCACCCCAAUUUUGAACUUCGACAUGUAUCAUCACGAGAGCUAGAAGGAAAGAAGCUAGAAGGAUAUACUAAGAAGGAAAUUAUCUACGAAAACCUGAGCUUCGACGAUGUUUACGAGAUGGAGAAGAAUGGCAAGAUAGACGUAUGGGUCAUGGCACUACCAAACGGUGUUUGCAAGCCAUUUGUCGAUGCUGUCAACAAGGCCAAGGACGAAACAUCUUCUCGCGAGGAUAAAAGCAUAAUCGUAGAUCUUUCGGCAGAUUACAGAUUCGACAAGUCGUGGACUUACGGUCUUCCGGAGUUAGUCAAGCGAUCGCAGAUUGCUCAAGCUACCCACAUCUCGAAUCCUGGUUGCUACGCCACAGCCGCACAGCUUGGCAUUUCGCCGCUUGUGGGGCAUCUGGGUGGCCAACCUACCGUCUUCGGUGUUUCUGGCUACUCGGGAGCUGGUACCAAGCCUUCGCCGAAGAACAACGUGGAAAAUCUGACGAAUAACCUCAUUCCUUAUAGUCUGACGGACCACGUCCACGAGAAGGAGAUCAGCUCUCAACUUGGUGUCGAUGUUGGGUUUAUCCCCCACGUCGCAGUGUGGUUCCAGGGGAUUCAUCACACGAUUAAUAUCCCCCUCAACAAGACGAUGACUUCGCGAGACAUUAGACAGAUGUACCAAGAUAGAUAUGCCGGCGAGAAGCUGGUCAAGGUUGUGGGAGAAGCACCGCUAGUAAAGGCGAUUAGCGGAAAACACGGCGUUGAGAUUGGCGGAUUUGCCGUUCACAGUUCCGGGAAGCGGGUGGUUAUCUGUGUGACGAUCGACAAUCUGCUUAAGGGAGCAGCGACUCAAUGUUUACAAAACAUGAACUUGGCUCGCGGGUAUGCGGAGUUUGAGGGUAUUCCUCCAAUGAAUUAGACAGGAGCAUUUCUUUCAUUCAGGUGUUUUUUUCGGGGUUCGACGUUUGGGGUAUUAAAAGAAAACUUGUAUAUAUGUGACAAGUAGGCGGGAGCCCUUACAACGUGCCAUAAAAGAUGUUCAUAAAAGCUUACUGAACUUGAUAUGUGAGACGUUCUCUUAAGCUAGAGUGAGCGGGUGGGCAUCAUUCUUUUGUUGGGAAUAUAAGUCGUGGUGGAAAGAAAAUAGGGAAGCAUGGCAUUGGUGGACAGGAGCGAUUCCCGGGAGAGCUUGUGGCCAUCAUAAUGGAUAUUAUUAUUAGUUAAGAGAUGAACUGAGAUUCGGUCAUACCUAAA